AUGAAUUCAAUAGAUUUUAACUUGGCACAUCUUUAUGGACAACAAAAAAGAAAAGAAAGGUAUAAUAAACACAACGCUGCACGAAGACGAAUAAGAUUAACACAGAAAAAAUCCUGUUUCCCUCAUAUAUCAACAACAAUACAGCAUAAACCAUCUAUAUUUGAACAAAAUAUAAUGGAAAUUAUUGAAAAUGAAGAUUUUUCUUUAUAUGAUGAUCAUGAAUGUAUUAAUGGUAACAGUAAUUGUUUAAUUAAAUACACAUCAAAAGAAUUAAAUGUAGACAAUGAUGAUGCAAUAUCCAUUAUGUUAAAUUAUGGUUAUAAUGAAACAGUAACAAUAGAAGAAGAACAAUCGGAUGAUGAUAAUAGUAUUUUACCUGAUAAACUAUCUUUAUAUAAUUAUACUAUUGAUUCAACUUACGAUUAUUGUGAAGCAUUUAUCAUCAUUGCUCGCCAAGCAAAUCUUUCUAAAAACAGUAUCGAUGAUAAGUUAUUUUUAAUUAAAUCCGAUGUUCCAGUUCCAAAUAACUUGCGACCAACAGAAGAAAAACUUUUAUUGUUGCUUGGCGUUACGGAAUUAUUUACAAAACGAUCCAUUUGUUUAUUGGGUGAUAAUGAAUUCAAUUAUCAACAAAAAAUUUGUUCACAGUGCUGCUCAACAGAUAAAAAUUCAAUUGCUUAUGUAUAUGAGAGUAAUGUUGAAUUAAUCAUCAAAAAAAUUAUGAUUAGAUUAUUAUCAAAUAUUAAUGAAUUUUAA